AAAAAGCUAACUCCACAUCUGGACAAAAAAACGAUAAGAUUUUGGGCCUCAGUCCAUUCUCUUAGAAAACCCACCCCGGUCACUUAUAUCACACACCAAUAAAAACCUCCCACUCCCUUAAAACCCUAGAUUCUCAGACUCCAUCCCCAUUUUGAAGAACCCCUCGCAGGCGCCGCAGUGAAGAGGAGGAGCAACACCGUCAGCCGCCAUGGGUAUCGAUCUGAAAGCCGGAGGUAAGGUCAAGAAGACCAAGCGUACUGCGCCCAAAUCCGAGGAUAUUUACUUGAAGCUGCUCGUGAAGCUUUACAGAUUCCUCGUUAGGAGGACCGGUAGCAAGUUCAAUGCCGUGAUUCUCAAGAGGUUAUUCAUGAGCAAGGUCAACAAGGCACCUAUCUCACUCUCCCGCCUUGUGAAUUACACCAAGGGAAAGGAAGACAAGAUUGCUGUGAUUGUCGGAACUGUGACCGAUGAUAAGCGUGUGUAUGAGGUUCCUGCUCUCAAGGUGACCGCACUUAGGUUCACUGAGACUGCUAGGGCUAGGAUUGAGAAGGCUGGAGGAGAGUGCUUGACUUUUGACCAGCUUGCCCUUAGGGCACCUCUUGGGCAAAACACGGUAUAAUUUACCUUCCAACUCAUUCAGCUUCUGCAGUUAUUGUGAAGGGUUUUUCCUGCUUUUGUUUGCUGUGACUUGUUUUGUUCUCUUAUUGGGUGGAGAUGAAGUAUUUCUUUUGUUCUCUGACCAUUCAAAGGAUUGUUUAGUUCUUGGCCUCAUAAUUUGCUGGCAUACUUUUUUGGUUGGUAGUCCUGUAGAUUCUGGAAGAUUGUUUGAAGAUGGCGUGCAUAUUUUUUUUCCUAGCUGGAUUCGCAUAUGCUUGUGAUUAUGUUUAUGGUCAUGUUUGAUCAGUUUCUGGAGCAUCUUCUGUAAAUUACAAUUGGUAGUCUAAAACCUUUGUAUAUUUUCAACUCUUGUUGUAUGAAUUUAAUGGUAUUUUUACUGUUUGUAGUCAUCUUUGCUUGCUGUUGCUGACCUGUUUUGUGGUUCUGUAGCAACGGGUUGCAUCUGUGAUUUUUCUAUUUAGAUGUAAUUAGUGUGGUAACAAGAUAAUUGAGCUGCUGUUGUUUCGAUUGUUCUUUUUUGCCCUUUGUAAUCACUAUUGGUUUUUAUUUGAACUUGCCAUGUAAGGAUAUCCUCUUUUGUUGACUGAGUUUGUGUUGUUUGAUUUGGCACCUUCAUCUCUUGCUUGUCUUUGAUAAGUUUUGAGCUAUAGACUCUGCCACCCCCGAAGGUUCUUUCAGUAAUGUUUUCCUCUCUUACUGGCACUUCAAUCCCAAGCCAGAAAUCUAAGUUCCCCUUCUAAUCCUUUGCAUCCUUCUGAUGUCCUAUGUGGGAGAGCUGGGAACAAAUUUCUGAAGACCUUUUUUGAUUUUGACCUUCUGUGUUUAUGUAAACGUUGAGCAAACAUUUCAGUAUAUUUUAAUUAUCAUUCGUUAGAUUGGUCUAACUUCUGAAGUAUCGCAUAAGUUUAAUAUGAUUAUCCCUCCGUGGUUAUCUUCUUACAACUGUUUGGCUAUUGCUAUUGGUUAUGGAACUAUUUUGAGGACUAACAGUUUAAGGAUGGAUGGCGCAGGUUCUCCUCAGAGGACCCAAGAAUGCUCGUGAGGCAGUGAAGCACUUUGGACCAGCUCCUGGUGUUCCACACAGCCACACCAAACCAUAUGUCCGCUCAAAGGGAAGGAAAUUCGAGCGAGCUAGGGGAAGAAGAAACAGCAGAGGCUUUAGAGUCUAAGUUGUUUUGUCAUCAAUGGUUAAAAGACACAGUUUACAAUCUAUUUUGUGUUUGGAAGGGUGUUACUCUCGCCUUUGGUUUACCCGGAAUUCCUUUAAAAUAUUUUUGUUAUCUGUGCGAGAUUUUAGAUUGAACAGUAAUCUGUAGCAAUUUCUAAUAUGCAUCUACAAUUUUUGUCCUUUCAAAGGCUUGGAUAGUGUUUCCUGCCCAGUUAAUUUUGUACGUUGUAGUGAUGGGGGGAUCUCGUUGGUAGUUCAUAGAUGUUGCAUGUUAGAUUCCUCUUAAAUGUGAGUUGUUGCAUGUUUAAUUUCUCUAAGAAUGUCUUAUGAAUUGAUAAACAGAUCUGGCUCGUCAUUCCUUAUUAGCUGUUUCUGGAUCAAAAUUUGUGUGAAAAUUUACCCUGAAAUCUGAAGGUGGACGAAAAAAAAAAAUUAAAAUCGUUGUUAAGUUUGACCCAAAUGGUAUAGACUAUAGAGGCGUCGAUACAACAUAAAGGAAGAGCAAAUGACUCUUUUUACCCGUAUCCUUGGCUGAAAAUGUUAGUUUACUGAAGAUUACUGAUAUUCAAUUUAAAAUUCUCGUAAUAAACGCUCGGGUAUUUUUGUUAGUGGAGAUUAUGGAUCACGGGAAUGAAUUGUUACUCCCUCCAUUUUAAAAUGUAGGUCGUUUUAUGAUUGGAGAGAUUUUUCAAAAUGUAUGUCGUUUUACAACUUCUGGGUAAAUUAAUGACUAUUUUU